AGACGCAGCUUUACAGGCGCCUGUGAACGCAGCAUUUGACGAGGCAGAGGAGGAAAUCCACGUAGCUCGUCUCGCGGGGUCCGGUCGUGUUGUGUCCUCGAUGUGUCGGCCCGUGCGAAGAGACGCUGCUUUUCCACUCGGCGGAUAAAGGCGUCCAUAGUGGCGGGGAGACGCGGGGCUGCCCACACCGGUGCUGUUUGCUGAAAGCGGGGGGAGAGGACAGCGGGGAAAAUGGAGCUGGAAGACGGAGUGGUGUACCAGGACGACCCGGGGACGUCCGCGAUGAUGUCGGAGCGGGUGUCGGGCCUGGCCAACUCCAUCUACCGCGAGUUCGAGCGGCUCAUCGGGAAGUACGACGAGGACGUGGUGAAGGAGCUGAUGCCGCUGGUGGUGGCCGUGCUGGAGAACCUGGACUCGGUGUUCGCGGAGAACCAGGAGCACGAAGUGGAGCUGGAGCUGCUGAAGGAGGACAACGAGCAGCUCAUCACCCAGUACGAGCGGGAGAAGGCGCUGAGGAAGCACGCGGAGGAGAAGUUCAUUGAGUUUGAGGACACUCACGAACAGGAGAAGAAGGACCUGCAGAACCAUGUGGACAGAAGGGAAUCGCACUCCCGGCAACUGGAGCUCAAGAUCAAGAACUAUGCAGACCAGAUCGGCAGGUUAGAAGAACGAGAGCUGGAGAUCAAGAAGGAAUACAACUCCCUCCAUCAGAGACACUCUGAGAUGAUCCAUAAUUAUAUGGAGCAUGUAGAGAGGAUCAAACUGCAGCAGAUUAACGAGACUUCGGAUUCGAGCGCACUGGGCCGAGUCAGGAGAGAACGGCCUCUUUCUUUGGGGAUAUUCCCCUCGCCUGGUGGGGCGUCUCUACUCAUCCCAGACCCGCAGGCCAAAGCCGAGACGCCGGGCACAGAACGAUGGAGGUUCACUGACCCAACACAACCACGGUCCAACACUAGCCUCAAGUUGGACUAUGUCGACCCCCCAAGGGACAGGGAGGGUAAGAGUGCGCAGGACUCUACUUGGGGAAAUUCACUGGCAGACGACUGCAAGGAUGAGCUGUCGGACUUGACCGGCUCCAAGUCGGCCACACCAAUGUCCACGACCGCCUCUGACAUGGAGAGGGAAAAUGGGAACAGUAAGAGCACUGAGGUGCAGGCGGCUCCAGGGACCAGAUCCAUAUCAGUGGGUUCACCUGAAAACAAAGACAGCUCAGACGUGCAGGACAUCAUUGAGUCCACCCCUGAACUGGACAUGGAUCUCACUGGAUACAAGCUCUGCAGUACUCCCACCAAAGGCAUCGAGAACAUGGCCUUUGACCGCAAUACAGACUCUCUGUUUGAGGAGCUGUCAUCUGCGGGCACUGGGAUAAUAGGGGAUGUGGAUGAAGGGGCAGAUCUUCUGGUGGAGUACUCUGGUAUGGGCCGGGAAGUUGAAAAUCUAAUUCAGGAGAAUUCGCAACUGCUUGAGACAAAGAACGCCCUGAACGUGGUGAACAAAGACUUAAUAUUGAAGGUGGACGAGUUGACCUGUGAGAAGGAGAUGUUGCAGGGAGAAAUGGAUGCUGUGAUGCAGGCCAAGGCCAAGCUGGAGGACAAGAACAAAGACCUGGAGGAGGAACUCAAAAAAGUGCGAGUGGAGAUGGAGGAAGUGAAACACAAAACUAAAGAUGAAGAAGAUAGCGAUGUACCUACAGCCCAGAGGAAGCGUUUCACCAGAGUGGAAAUGGCCCGAGUGCUGAUGGAGAGAAACCAGUACAAGGAGAGACUGAUGGAGCUGCAGGAAGCAGUGCGGUGGACAGAGAUGAUCAGGGCCUCGAGGGAAAAUCCAACACUAACAGAAAAGAAGAAGUCGAGCAUCUGGCAGUUCUUCAGCAGACUGUUUAGCUCCUCCUCCAGUCCCCCCGCUGGGAAGAAGAUGGAGUCCCAGUCCAACGUGAAGUACAAUGCCCCGGGCGGCAUGGUGAAGAGGAGCAGCACCUUCUCCCAGUUCCCCACAGAGAAGUCCAAGACCUUUGACUUCCUCAAUGAAGAAAAGGACCAGUGUAGUUCACCAUCGCGUAAAGAGCAGAAACGAGCCCAGUACAGACAGGUCAAGGCCCACAUGCAGAAGGAGGAUGGACGAGUCACUGCACACGGCUGGAGCCUGCCCAGCAAAUACAAGGUGGCAAAUGGUGGACAGGUGGAGAACAAAGUGAACUUACCUGUACCGGUGUACUUGAGACCUCUCGAUCAGAAAGAUGCUUCUAUGAAGCUGUGGUGUGCUGCAGGGGUCAACCUGUGUGGGGGGAGGAUAUCAGAGCUCACGAAGCAGACGAAGGGUUCUCAGUUUAGCCUGGAUCAGCUGGAGCAAGAGAAUAAGGAUCAGGAGAAAGUGGAGCAGGAGAAGGAGCUGAUACUUCAGGAUGAGACGUCCAGUCGGGUGUGGGUGUGCACCAGCACCCACUCCUCCACCAAGGUUAUGGUGCUGGAUGCAAGUCAGCCAUCUGACCUACUUGACAGCUUCUAUGCCUGCAACACCCACGUUGUCUGCAUUGCCAGUGUGCCUGGGGUGUUGGAGUCAGAUUUUUCGACAGGUGAGGAGGUACCACAGGACGUGGACGCUAACCAGGGUGAUGUGGUGUCACUGGCCGGCAGUGUGGCCAGUGUGGGAUCUACAGGCAGCGAUGGAGCCAUGGCAGCAGAAGGGACCACUGCAAUCCCACAGAUAGCCAGCUCAGGUAUUACAGACCAGCUGGCGGAGCACAGCGCCAUCUCUGGCUCAGUUGAGCUAUCCAGAGAGUCGAGUCCAGCAGAAGACGGGAUUCCUCCGGCAGAGGAGGCAACAGAAGCAACAGAAGCUAACGCUGGUGUGGGUGAAGAAGGAGAGGAGGACCAGGGGGCUGAACAAAACCAGCCGGGAAUCUACACAGAGCAUGUGUUCACCGACCCGCUGGGGUUGGGACCCACUGACUCCUCGCCUACUGACGCACAGAGGGGCACCGGGCAGGAUGGAGAGGAUUCCUUUCCUCCAGACUCGGACCCGUCGGAGGGGGAUGUCCUGAGGAUGAGCAGCGCCCUCCCCACCAUGUGGCUCGGAGCUCAGAAUGGAUGUCUGUAUGUCCACUCGUCCGUGGCACGAUGGAGGAAGUGUCUGCAUGCCAUCAAGCUCAAAGACUCCAUCCUCAGCAUAGUGCAUGUUAAAGGGAGAGUCCUGGUAGCGUUGGCUGAUGGGACAUUAGCAAUUUUCCACAGAAACAUUACAGAUGGACAGUGGGACCUAACUAACUAUCACCUGUUGGAUCUGGGCCGGCCCCACCACUCUAUCCGCUGUAUGACUGUAGUCCAUGACAAGGUGUGGUGCGGCUACAGGAACAAGAUCUACGUCGUCCAGCCCAAGGCCAUGAGGAUAGAGAAGUCCUUUGACGUUCAUCCUCGUAAGGAGAGCCAGGUGCGGCAGCUGGCCUGGGUUGGAGACGGUAUCUGGGUGUCCAUCCGACUGGAUUCAACCCUUCGCUUGUUUCACGCCCACACCUACCAGCACCUCCAGGACGUAGACAUCGAGCCCUACGUCAGCAAAAUGCUCGGUACUGGAAAACUGGGUUUCUCCUUCGUGAGAAUCACAGCUCUUGUGGUGUCCUGCAGUCGUCUGUGGGUGGGCACAGGAAACGGUGUCAUCAUCUCCAUCCCGUUGUCUGAAGCCAACAAGACAACGGGAUUAGUGCCAAAUCGGCCCGGCAGCGCUGUCCGGGUUUACGGUGAUGACGCCUCAGACUGUGCGAUGCCAGGCAGCUUCGUGCCAUACUGCUCCAUGGCCCACGCCCAGCUGUGUUUCCAUGGGCACAGAGAUGCUGUCAAGUUUUUUGUCACCGUGCCAGGUCAGGCAAUGCCUCCUCCAGGUAGCGCAGAUUCAGGCUCCGAUGACCCCCCGUCUGAAUCCUCUGACACAGCGACCUCAGAGCCCAAAACACACCUGGUCAUGAGUGGAGGUGAAGGCUACAUUGACUUCAGAAUGGGUGAUGAAGGUGGCGAGUCGGACGGUUUAUCAGAGCCGACAGCCGACCAGCAGUCGGCCCCCACCAAGGCUGAGCAGAGCCACCUCAUCGUCUGGCAGGUCACAACUUCUAAUGAUUGAAAAAGAAAAAACUGACAUACUGUUGUCAGGGCCUCCCUCCAAUCCUCGCAUGUCCUCUAAGUUUUACAUUUGAUAUUACUGAUUGUUCUUAAUGCCUGAGUAGUUGACUACUUUGUAAAAAAACAACAAUUAUUUUUAGUCCAUGUUUUGUACAGUUUAUUGUUUAUGAAUUUGAAAAAAAGUGAGGUUUGUGUCGGCUUAAAGAAAACGUCCACGGUUCGAGUGUUUCCCUCUGCCGGGGGUGCAUGUUGGAAAAGCAGGUGCACGCGGGAAAAAGCUAAAGUCAGGUCAGGAGAAGGUGUGAGAUACCUCAGUGUGAUCGUUUGUCUCCAAAACGUCAAAAACGGGUUUGAUGUGAAAGACGAAAAGGAAAAGGUACUUGAAGGAUUUAGGAGAAGUCGUUGAAAAGGGACCAGGGAGUUUUCAUUUGAAUGAAAUAUAUUUUAUGUUACACACAUAAGACUUUUACAUUUGUAAACCACACGUGAGAAUGGAGUCAUGAAUUCUAUCCUGUGUUAAGCAUUUUUUUUAUUAUCCAUACUAUUAUAGCUGGAUGUGUAAAUGUGACACCUACAGGUCAGAAUACAUUCAUGCAGACAGGCUGAUUACUGCUCGGUCUGCUAAGUAGAAAACCAGUUUUCACUAACAAGCGAUCCACAAACAUUUCCUCUGAACUAAUUGUACUUUUAUUGAGUAAAAGCUGUACGAUAAAACAUUAUCUUAGAGGUCUUAUUUAAUUAAAUGAAACCGAGCUGCAGGAUUAAGUUUAGGAAUGUUAAUCAUAUCAGAGCAGUUAGGGUACUGUAAGGUUUCCUGUGAAUAUAGGACCCAGCUUACUGUACUGUAGGUUAGCAUUAACCGGAAUGAAGGAAAUCCUGUAUCCUUGUGUGUGUUCGCCUUCUCUGCCAUUUUACAGCUCAACCCUCAUCUAUUUGCCCGAGAAGAAUCCACCCAUGCCACCAUCUCGGUCCUUGCUGUUUGCUUCCGCUAAUUGGCACUUUAAGAUGUUAGAUGUUAUCCGCGUGACAUUGGGAAUAACACUGGUUGUGAUGCACACUGCACCGCCAUGUACUACAUUUAUUUAUUUAUUCGGUUUAAAUAACAGGAACAAUGCUCAUUAAUCAACAUUUUUGUAAAAGGGAACCUAAUGGACAAGUCUUUAUAGGGAGGUGACACCCCAGUAACCAAAGGACGAAAGAAGAUGCACCGUGAAACUAUUUGUUUUUUGUUUUAUCUUUUAAACGUCUCAUGAGUAAUAAUUUGAAGGUUUUAAAUGUAUGUUUUGUUGAAAAAAAUAGGCUUGAAUAAGGGAAUUGGACUAAAAGUAACAUUUCCGUGUGGCAUCUUCUAACGGACACACAGCACUAAAGAGUGUCUCUCCCGAAUGACUCAUCAUUCCUUGUUUUGUUGUUACAAAUACAUUUUGAGGCCUGGAAGGCAAAUUUUGUCAUUAUUUUUUCUGUUGCUUUGGGCAUCGUGCGUGUUUUGUAUUCAUCUGUGAGACACUUUCAUUAAGUGAAGACUAUUUUGUUGACAUGACCGAAGGAUUCCAAUAUCGAGCAAGUGUUUUAAUUUGUUUUUUAUAUCUGAAAACUUGGACCACUGUUGGUCUUCAGUCUAUUUCAAAAUAUUAACUUUAUAAUGUGCUUUACUUUUCUGCCAUUCCAGUAUUUAUUUCCUUUGUUAUGGAGCCUAUCUUGGUUCAGAAUGUAACUUUCUACAUAAGUAUAAUAGGAGGCUAUUGUAAACGGAAUAGUCCAAUGCGUUUACACGAUUGUUAAUAAUGGCUAAAUAAAAGAAAUCAAUGUUA